GGAGUAGGACAAUGGUUUCGAUGAUUUCAUCCACACUACAAUCAUGAAAAUUCUUGGUCCUCAGUCCUCACUGUGUUCGAUUCUCGCACAUGCUCAUCCUCUGCUGACACAGGGCAGCCGAGGAGAGGUCAAACAAAAACGCCUUUGCCGUCCUUGGGCGACUCCCAACCCAUCUUACUUUGUCGCCCAGUACAAAAUAUUCAAGAAAAAAGCAUACAUGCCAAAACGGCGUACACAAUGCAGUCGUGUUCUUUUGAAAACAUUGUCACCGCACCACCGGCUUCUGCCAACAAGUAGGCAUCAGUGGCACAUCACCCAACCGCCUGUCCUCACUCUCCUCCCGAUUAUCCACUGCCCAAUCCCGCUCUCGAAUCACCAAGAACCGCGUGCUUUAUUCAGGAUGCGUAAAAUAAGAAGUGGAAUCCCAGUGCGAGCUCUUGUGAUCCCGUCCCAAGCUAGCAUGAAGAAGCUCGCGGCGCUGCUGGUCCUGCUCGCGCUGCCGUGUCCCACGCACGCCGCGCCCGCCGUCCCCGGCGCCGGCGCCGGCAUCGUGGCGCUGCUCACGCACGCCGACGCCGGCCGCGGCCUCGCGCGGCCGGAGCUCGUGCGGCGCAUGGUGCACCGCGCCAGGGCGCGACGGCGGCUGCUGUCGGAGCGCCCGGUGCGCGCGCGGGUGCGCGCCGGGCUCGGCGGCGGCAUCGUGACGAACGAGUACCUGUUGCGGCUGUCCGUGGGCACGCCGCCGCGGCCCGUGGCGCUGACGCUCGACACCGGGAGCGACCUGGUGUGGACGCAGUGCGCGCCCUGCCGCGACUGCUUCGACCAGGGCCUCCCGCUCCUGGACCCCGCGGCGUCCUCCACCUACGCCGCGCUCCCCUGCGGCGCGCCCCGGUGCCGCGCGCUCCCCUUCACGUCCUGCGGCGGGCGCAACCGGAGCUGCGCCUACGUCUACCACUACGGCGACAAGUCGGUAACCGCCGGCCACCUCGCCACCGACCUCUUCACCUUCGGAAACGACGGCGGCGGCGGCAAUGCCGGCAGCAGCCUUUCCGCCCGGCGCCUGACCUUCGGGUGCGGCCACUUCAACAAGGGCGUGUUCCAGUCGAACGAGACCGGCAUUGCUGGCUUCGGCCGGGGGCGGUGGUCGCUGCCGUGCCAGCUCAACGUCACGAGCUUCUCCUACUGCUUCACCUCCAUGUUCGAGUCCACGAGCAGCCUCGUCACGCUCGGCGGCGCGCCGUCCGCGCUCCACGGCCACGCGCACAGCGGCGAGGUCCGGAGCACCCCGCUUCUCAGGGACCCCUCGCAGCCGUCGCUCUACUUCCUCUCGCUCAAGGCCAUCUCGGUGGGCUCGACGCGCAUCCCGUUGCCGGCGUCGCGGCGCCGGUCCGCGAUCAUCGACUCGGGCGCGUCGAUCACGACGCUCCCCGAGGACCUGUACGAGGCCGUGAGGGCCGAGUUCGCUGCGCAGGUCGGGCUGCCGCUCAGCGGCGCGGCGGAGGGCUCCGCGUUGGACCUCUGCUUCGCGCUCCCCGUCACGGCGUUCUGGCGCCGCCACGCCGUGCCGGCGCUGACGCUGCACCUGGAGGGCGCCGACUGGGAGCUGCCGCGCGGGAACUACGUGUUCGAGGACCUCGGCGCGCGGGUGAUGUGCGUCGUGCUGGACGCGGCGCCCGGGGAGCAGACCGUCAUCGGCAACUUCCAGCAGCAGAACACGCACGUCGUGUAUGAUCUCGAGAACGACCGGCUGUCUUUCGCGCCGGCACGGUGCGACAGGCUUGCAGCGUCGUCGUAGCGUCAGAGUACAUAGAAAAGAUCACAUAGCAUCUCCAAUUUGGCCCCUUGGAAGAAUUUUCAUUACGAAUUUGCAUAGUAGGAGUAGCAUCUUGUGAGCUGGUUUACACUGGAUAUUUGCUCCGCGUUCAGCCUGUCAUCCAUACAGCUGAGCUGACAAAGCAGCAGCUCCUUAUCUCAUUUCCGACUGAUAGGAACGCGCGGACUGGGAGCAGACGCGGUUCGCUUUCAGGGCACUGUCGGCAGGUGGACACGACACCAAUGAGGCUACGAUCAAUAGAUGGCCAAACGGUUUGGUCAAUAUUUGUGAACAAAUUCAGUGCACACUAUCUGAUGAAAAUCAGUGAUGGUUCGAGGAUUGGUACGAGCUACGACACCCUUUAUGGGAUCAUGAUGUACGAGCUAAGAAAGAGGUCAUUGUCUUAGCCAUUCUGUGUUCAUGCGCAUCUGACAUAUGGGAUCAUGAUGUACGAGUUUAGGGACGCUGACAUGCCUGUAGAAGGCACCCUGGUCCCUGGCAUGGCAACCAUGAUUGGGGACAUAUGGCAUCAGAAGCAAGAGAGUUACUCCUACAGUAGAAGGCUACAGGCAAGGCCAGUCACGUCCACGGUUACCACUCCCAACUCACACGCAUGAGAUUUAGAUUAGUAUACAUUAAACAUGCGAGGUUACAGGAGCCAUUCACAAAUCACAGGCAUGACAAUUGGAGCCAAUCCAUAGGCGAUGGUCUGAGAAACUUGAGAGAUGAGAAAUGCCAUCAGUACAAGACAGACAGCCUUUGGAGUUAACUGAUGGUAUCCGUAUCCCGUAUUCAUUCAAAAGAACUUUGUUGCUGCUAUACUGUAUUGUAUUGGGCCAAUUGAAAUAAUUCGAACGAGUAAACUGAA